AUGGGAGCCGAGGUACAGAGCCCUCAGUGGCCUGACGACACCAACCCUCAGCGGCCUGACGACACCAACCCUCAGCGGCCUGACGACACCAACCCUCAGCGGCCUGACGACACCAACCCUCAGAGGCCUGACGACACCAACCCUCGGCGGCCUGACGACACCAACCCUCGGCGGCCUGACGACACCAACCCUCGGCGGCCUGACGACACCAACCCUCGGCGGCCUGACGACACCAACCCUCAGGGGCCUGACGACACCAACCCUCGGCGGCCUGACGACACCAACCCUCGGCGGCCUGACGACACCAACCCUCGGCGGCCUGACGACACCAACCCUCGGCGGCCUGACGACACCAACCCUCGGCGGCCUGACGACACCAACCCUCGGCGGCCUGACGACACCAACCCUCGGCGGCCUGACGACACCAACCCUCAGCGGCCUGACGACACCAACCCUCAGGGGCCUGACGACACCAACCCUCAGGGGCCUGACGACACCAACCCUCAGGGGCCUGACGACACCAACCAGGGGCCUGACGACACCAACCCUGACGACACCAACCCUCAGCGGCCUGACGACACCAACCCUCAGCGGCCUGACGACACCAACCCUCAGCGGCCUGACGACACCAACCCUCCGGAUGGUGGUGUGGGACGAUUGGCUGGCCUGCCUCCACUCUUCCCUGAACAAGAGCAGGAGGUCAACGUACCCUCAGCCCAGAUGUUUGUCCGCCGAUGUCAACAUACCUGGAGAAGAGCUCGGGCGGCACUUCUCAAGACCAACUCCAGGUAUCGUCGACAAGCGGACCGCCGCCGGACUCCGGCUCCCCGCUACCGCAAUGGGCAGAGGGCCCACCCCUCCUCCCGUGUCAUCAAUGGCCAUCCAGCAUAA